AUGAAUUCAAAUAAUGACAAAUCGGUAGUAAAGAAAAACAAUAAUAAUAUUAUUCUUCCAUCAAAAGAUUUAAGCAUCCUACAAGCAUGUCUUUCUGGUAUUGUUAUGGGUUUCAUUGCUUACAGUGGAUCCUUUUCUGCUGUACCAAUAUCUUUUACAGUAACUGCUCUUAUGUUCGGUACAAAAUCAUUGAUUACAAUAAUGGCAACAGCUUUUGGUCAAUUAGCUGCUGGUUAUCUGCAUACACAUUCUUCACGAACUGGUAUGGCUUUAAGUACGAAGUUAUUUCAUGGAUUUUAUAUAGCGAAACCAGAAAUGAGAAACAGACGAAAACAUGCUGAAACUAGAUGGAUUAGUUUAAAACGUUUUUUUAUAUCAGCUCCAUUGAAUGGCCUUGUACUUAAUUUCAUGUGGGAGACAUUCACUUUUUAUUAUAUGAUUCAGAAUGAAUUGUUCAUCAGAUAUGUCGAAAGUUCUACCGCAAACACAAUAGAAAAUGGGAAAAGAAACGAAACGAUUGCUUCAUCAACAACCAAAGAAAUCGAACCUCAUCUUCUACUUAUCCAUGGAAUCACACGUUAUCUAGCAGGUUGUUUGUCUGGAAUGAGUACUGAUGGAAUGAAAGGAAAAAAAAUACUAAGCCCAUUAAAUAUUGAAAGUUGGAUUAAAGUCUCUUCAAUGAUUUUAGGCGCAUUAUUCGUUAUUGCUAGUAAUGUACCGAAUAGAACUGGAUUUCAUUUGUUAGAUAUACGGCGAAAGAAGAUAAUUAGCGAUAUUCUUGUUAUUCAUGGUGGAUGGUUUUUCAUUCGAGAUUGUGAAAUGCUUAUUUUGAAAAACCCUGAGAAAGGUUCUCCAAUUUCACCGACAACAAUACAAUCUUCGCUGAUUGUUGAAGAAAACAAAAUGUUAGAAGAUGAACAAUCAAAUAUGCUAUCACCUGCUAUUUAA